GAACCCUUGAACCAGGUGGCUCAGGCGCUUGAUCGAUCCAAGAACAUGAGUGAAGAGAAGGAAGAGGCCUCGUUCAGUAUCCUCACCAUUUACGAUGAACCGGAGAAGAGGAGGAGCAAGCCGGAGAGCCCCGGCCUCUCCUCCCAGCCCGAGCAGCCGGGUGAGGUGUGCGGGUCCCCCCAGCCACCCCCGGGCUCCCCAAGGCAGAGUGGCCCGGCUUAUGCAGCCAUGAGCUGGGAGAGUCCGCCGCCGUGGGCCCCCCAGAUCCUGGACAGCUCUGACCUGCAGGCCCCUUGGCUUCCUGAGGUGGAAUUAGGGGAAGGCGCAGAGUCUGGCUUCAGUGAAGAAGUCUGGUCGCUCCUCAGAACAAUUCCUCCUGUUCCAGAUGAAGCAGUGGUCAGGCGGAGGGCCCCGUGUGACUCCUGGAAGGUUGGCAGACUCCACCAUGGAAAGAAUGUCUAUGCUGUGGCCAUCAGCAGCAGUACUCACCACGUGUACACGUGUGGCCACGGCUACAUCAGGGUGUGGGACGAGAGCGCCCUGCACGCCUGGGACCAGGCCCCCCAGGCCCAGCUGAACCUCCAGGACCGUCAGAACUGUGUCCUCACCUGCAAGCUGUUCCCCGACGAGCAGAGCCUGAUCACGGGCGGUGUGUCCCGGACCCUGACUCUUUGGGACCUGGCGCCCACCCCCCGCGUCAGGGCGCAGCUGGCCUCCACAGGCCCCAAGUGCUACUCCCUGGCCAUCUCCUCCAAUGCCCAGAUCUGCUUGGCUUGUUUCAAAGGAUUUGUCGAGAUCUGGGAUUUGCAGAACCAGAUCUUGAUCAGGAAGCACGAAGUCCCCGUGUACGGGUCCCGAUGUGUGGACCUUGCGGGCAAUCAGUUCUGGACGGGAGGCGAGGACACCCGCCUGUAUGCCUGGGACCUGAGGAGCUACCAGCGGCUGCAGCAACAUGAUCUAAAGCACGAGAUUCUCAGCAUCACCCACGACCCCAGCGAGGAGUGGCUGUUAGUGGGCUUGAAAAUGAGUGAGAUCAUCAUUCUGCACACACAUCGGAAGGAGAAGUUCAAGGCUUCCCUCGAAAAGUACAUCUACCACCACAAUCUCAAGUUCUCCUCCUGUGGGAAUUAUUUUGUGUCUACACUGGACCAGUCGAUCCACUGCCUGGCUGCACCUUCUCUACAAAGGCUGUUUCAGGCAGAGGAGUCUACAGACAUCCUGUGUUGUGACGUAUCUUCUGACAACCAGUAUCUGGUCACAGGCUCCAAAAACAGUGCCACAGUUUACCAGCUCUUGUAUUGAA